AUGAUUACCCACACAGUCCCAGCCCUCGCGGAAUCAACCAACGCCGGAAUCAGCAGCGGACGUGUGACAACCAAGGAGAUCCGGCAGGUCAUCGAACACCUGACACACCAUCGACGAGCAAACCACGCUCAUACACGCCACCCGGACCGAACUGAAACAAGUAAAAAUAACCAGAAUGAGCUCCAGACCCGAAAUGAGAAGCUGCACGAGGAGGUGCAGGCGCUGCGGACGCAGGUCGAGGGGCUGAACGCGCCGACCGCGACACGACCCUGGGCCGCCGUGGCGGCUGACGCAAACCAAUCUGAACCCCGAAAGACCCGCCGGCACACCGACAAAGAAAAGAUCUAUCUUUGGAUCAGCACACGGCAGUCCCUGGACGACUCACCUGAGACCGAAAACAACGUGAACGCCUUUGGCCGUUACCUCUCUACACCCACAGCAAACACACAUCAGAACAGCUCUGUCGAACGCCGCAUCCACUCAAGAUGUUUAAGUCGCCGGCAUUGGUACCACGAAGACGCGACAUCGGCUGAGGUGGCCCGCAACAACAAGGAAUGGUUGAAUGAGUUAGGCAACGACACAAGACUGGUGAUACCGCGAUUUGGAAUGGUGGUACAUCGCCAACCCACGGACUAG